AUGGCUGCCAUCGUGAACAGACAGAGACAGUGCGUGUCCGUUCAAAGAGAGGCUGUCAAGGCACUGAAGCGGCUGGCGGCAGACGUGCGCAAGUAUGUCGACUACGUCACGACAGCCGGCCCCAAUGCAAAAGUGUCUUCCUCUGGUUUGCCAGGUCAUGAAGGCCUCCUUUCUUUUGCAGUCAAACCUACUUCAGGAAAUCUGCAAAACCCUGACACGUCUUCCCCAUUUGCACUUGCUAAACCCUCUGAACCUAAAAUAUCUCCCUCAAGCCCCCUGGGAAGCCUCUCCUCCAGGCCCCAGGACUUGUCGAUCCUGAACAAUGACGCCCUGCUGGAGCGUUUCAGGUUGGACCGCGGGACGAUCGUGUACCUGUGUGAGCUGCUCAGGCCGCAUGUGGCCAAUCAGCAGAUGCCGGUGGAGAGCGCUGUCUGUGCUGCUCUUGCCUUUUACGCCACCGGCUCCCUCCCAUCCACGGUCGGGGACUACUUCGGCACGGACCAGGUCGCCUUGAAGAACGCUGUCCAGAUCGUGACGGACGCUCUGGUGACCGUCUCUGACCAGUUCAUCAAGUUCCCCCCGCCCACGAGCCAGCAGCAGGUACAGCAGGAUUUCUUCAGGAUCGCCGGCUUUCCCGGCGUUGUCGGGGCCCUCGGCUGCACCCACAUCGCCAUCAGGUGCCCCCAGCUGCACUCCAACCUCUACCUGAACCGAAAGCGCUUCUACUCCAUGAACCUGCAGAUCACGGCCACUGCGGCCUGCCGGAUCACCAGCGCCGUGGCGCGGUUCCCGGGGUCCUUCAGCUGCGCUCACGUCCUCCAGCACAGCCCCCUGGAGGCCUUCUGCAGCAGGGGGAACCUAGGCAAAGGACACCUCAUCGCUCACUCCGGAUACCCCCUCCACCACUGGCUGCUACCCCCCCUCCAAAGCCCCCAGGCAGAGGCAGAGGUCCGCUACAACAAGGCCCUGACCAGAAGCCACAGCGUUGUGGGGAAGACGGUCGGGCUCCUGAAGGCCCGAUUCCCCUGCCUGGACCGCACGGUCCUGCCCCUCCAGCACUCCCCCAAAAAGAGCGCCCGCAUCAUCCUGGCGUGCUGCGUCCUCCACAACGUCGCCGUGUCUCGGAACGUGGCGCUGCCGGGGGUGAGAGACCUGGGGCCAGUAGACCCGGCGGCGGCCCUGGAAGACUUUAACUGCGAGGGGGACGAGGACACGCUGUCUGACAGCGAGGAGAUCGUGGCGCUCAGGAUCACGGAAGGACAGCAGAAGCAGGCGGUCACCAUCCAGCAGUUUUUCACAUAG